CGAUGACGUGAUGGGGUCUUUUCUAGACAGGUUCGAAUUUGCUUCCCAUGCGCAUCGUCCUCCUCAUCUCACCCUCACUUGUUCCAUCCGCAUCGUCCUCCUCGCAUCCCGCAUUCUUUGCGUUCCCAUCCGCCAAACCCCAAACCCCCGUCCGUCGCGAGCCGCUGGCGCCGUCGCCGGGUGCCAUGGGGAUGGACGUGGCUGCCGUGGUGGACCUCCGGGCUCUGACGCAGUCGGAUCUCGUGGCGCUCGCGGCGGCAUCGCCCUACGCCGUCGACCCCCGCCGCGGCCGCCGCAGCGACGCCGACUUCCUACCUCCCUCUAAGAUCGACCGCGCCGUCUUCAACGAGAGCGCUGGCUCCCGCAAGCAGACCUUCUCUCGCUACCGCGUCGCCACCAACAUCUCCCAUAAUCUGAGCCCCACCGCCACCGCCGCCGCCGCCGCCUUCUCCUCCUCUGCCGCAUAUGCCCCCACCGAGGAGGACUCCGAGAACCGCCUCAUUGUGUUCCACCUCCAACGUCUCUUCUCGCGCGACGACCCCUCGUACCCACCUCCGCUCCCGAUUCCGCCCCGAACGCAAACCCUAACCGCGCCCGCGAUAACGGCACCAGCGCCCUCCCUACCGCUGGCGGCGGCGGUGGAUCCCGACAGGGAGGUGAUGAACCCGAAGGGUGUGGCAGUUGAUCUGGCGAGGCUCGCGGAGCUGGUGGACCCGUACGGGGAGGAGCUACGGAAGCGGACGGCUGGAUUGGGGGUGGAAUCCGAGCUGCUGGGAUUCAUGAAUGCACUGGAAGGGCAGUGGGGGAGCCGGAGGCGUCGGAGGAAGUUCGUUGAUGCCGGCAUGUUUGGUGACCACCUGCCCCGUGGUUGGAAGCUGCUGCUUGGGCUCAAGCGGAAGGAGCGUGUGGCAUGGAUUAAUUGCCGACAUUAUGUGAGCCCCAAAGGACAUCAGUUUGCUACAUUCAAAGAAGUGUCUUCCUAUCUCAUGUCUCUUCUUGGAUAUCCAGAGGCAAAGCCAACUGCCACUCAGAGUAACAGUGCAGGAGUGCAUGGUUUGGAUGUUCUUAAUUCUGUAGGUCUUCACCAGCAAACCGAUUCAAUUGAGGAAAAGCGAAUUGCAUUGCCAGUUACUUCGGUUACUUUGUUCAGUCACUUGAGUGAUUCUCAUCAACAAAAACUUCAGAAUGAUGAAACUCGGAUAGAAACUAACAUAAAGGGGUGUCGGAAAUGCAAUUUGACUUUUCAUGACCAGAGUGCCUAUAUGCAACAUCAGUUGUCCUUUCACCAAAGGAAAGCUAAAAGGCGCAGGGUUAGUAAAUCCGGCGAACUGGGCACCAGCAUAGAUGGAAAGUUUGAGACUCAGGAAUGUCAGAAGACCUCCGAAGAGGGACCUGGAAAUUUUGGCCACGGUGUUGCUGAUGUAAAGUAUCAAGGUCAGAGUCCAGCAAAUUUGUUUGAUGGGCCUUUUUCAGUUGAGUUAGGUGGUCGACCAUCAUUGGUUGCAGUGCCACAUGGGUUUCAGGAGAUGACUGCGUUGUCACAACUGGAAAAAGAACCUUCUGCUCGAGAGCAUGUCUCUGGGUAUCAUAAGGAGCCUCUUAAGGAGAUGACUGGCUUUCCUGAACAGGAAAAAGUACCUGCUGCUGGAGAACCCGCCUCUGGGCAUUAUAUGGACCCUCUCAAGGAGUUGCCUGGCUUUCCUGAACAGGAAAAAGGACCUGUUGCUGGAGAACCCAUCUCUGGGCAUCAUCAGGACCCUGCUCACAAUUCUGAUGACCAUAAAGCCCAUGAUGGAGCAUGUCAUGGUGCUAUAGCGUCUCUUGCUAUUGAUGCUGAAAGCAAAUUCAAUACUUGCAACUCCACAAAUGUUCAUGAGAAUGACAGCUCAAGAGAUUUAGAACGUUCCAACGCAGAUUGUGCCGAAAAGUUCUACAGGCCCGAUGAAACUUGUAGCAUACCUAAAGUGGUUUCUGCGACAACAGAUUAUCCUGGUGAAAGCAAAUCUACAGAUGAUCCAAUGGAGUGUGCUGAUAUAACACAAUCCAAACAAGUCUCUGAGCCCUGUGAUCUACUGCAUGUCAAAUUGGGCAGUUGUCCUGAAGAAAAUAAUUUUAGUAACCAGCUAGAAAGUAGCCCACUUUCUACAGCAGUGGAUGAGCCUGAUCCGGCAGAUGAUUGCAACAUAGCUUGUAAUGUGGUCGAUCCCACAAGCUUCGAAAAUGAGAAACCUUUUGAGGACAAUAUUAUGAAUUGUGAAAUGACUUCUUUGAAAGAUGAUGAGAUCAAAAGUGGCGCCAGAAUAAGGGAUGUAAACCUCAAUUCUUGUUUGGAUACACUAUUUUCACCUGUUUCUGGUGGAAACUAUGAAACAUCUAAUACUCCUGAUGAUGAUACUCGAUCGUCCAUUAUUGCCCAAUGCUUCGGUACUAGCUCUAACGAUGACAAUGCUUGCAAGGAUGGAAACUUUGCCAACCAGAACAGCGCUUCUAAGGGUGAAAAUUUUGUCAACCAGAAAAAUGAUAUGGUGUAUCAGUCUAAUUUGACCAUGGGCCCUAUCCCUCCUGCUCAAAUUAAUGUGAACUGUUUCACUUCCUGCUCAAUGACUCGUGAAAUCAAGAACUAUGGCAACAGAUGUGAAGAUAAUGCCAAAGAAGCAUUGGCAGACUCACAGAACGUGACGAGUAAUGAAACAGGUUUUGAUGUUGAAGCUUAUAACAAUGAUAUCUUCAAUGGUACAAUCACAGAAAGUAGUCUUGCCCAGCUGAAUAAUGCCAUUAAUAUGAAAACUGAUUUUGCAAGCUGCUACUCAUUAUCUGAGCUAAACACACUAACUGGUGGUACUGCAACUGAUGAAAUUGAUAUCCACAGUAUUAGGAGUUCUUUUGUUAGCUCCACCAGUCGCAAUGAACCAAAUGAACAUUGCACGCUGGAUUUUGAUAUCAAGGGUUCCAUGCUUGAGGUACUGGAAAAAUCUGGCAGUGACUUAGAAAAUCAAUACAAUGGCACGGGUCCUUCUUGUGACUCACUCCCUACAGCUGGCACAAGUGGGAACAUUGAUGAUUUUAUGUCCAUGCAAACCAAUUUUGGUAGCUUUACCUCUUUGGUUCGUGCUGUUGAAGAUGUUCCACUUUGCAGGAUUAUCCAAGAUCAGUGUGAUUUGCAACUUGGAUUUGGUGGCCCGAAGCAGCCGAUGUAUCCUAGCUUUGAGCAGCAACUUAGGAUGGCCUCAGCUGGAGUUCCGCCUUAUGGUAGCAUGAGCAGGCAUGAUUCUGUACCUGUACCUGAGCCAACGCUGAUGUUAGGUUAUGCGCCACAGCUCGGUAGCUGCCCCCCUCCGUUCCAGUUAGGCUGGGGGCCGUCCUUGUCGAAGAUGGUCGGCGGGUGCGUGCUCCAAUCGGUAUGCGUAUGGUGCAACAGUCAGUUCCACCAUUUUGGCACUGUCGCUGAGCAGCAGGCCGAUUCUCUUGGCUACAUUUGCCCGGCAUGCAAGGGGAAGUUCUCUGGUCAUCUUGGCAUCAACGGGCCGUCUCUUUAAUAUCCAGUUUCAGCUGCUGAUUUCAUCUUGUAGCCUGAAGUGGUGCUGUUCCAGCAUUAGUUUCUACUCCAGCUAGUAUGAGACAAGUUGCACGGGUUGGACCGUUGGAGUGUUUAUUUUGGAACGGGGUGUGUAUGUACCCGCUUGAACUGUGACUUUGUGCUAAGGAAUGAAUGGCCUUAAAAUCAUAACAAAUCGAUGGUGGCCGUUGGGAUA